UCCUUCCCGCAGUUGGCCCUGUGGUGUUCCGAAGCCGGUUACGUACGGCCUGAGGGCCAGGCGAACCUCAGGCUCUUUGUCCUGCUAAAAAGCGCAGCAUUUUGGAAAGUGGAGGUCGGAGGAUGGCGUGAAGUCAGGAGUUUGAGACCAGCCUGGCACAAUGGUAGAAGCAGAUCAUCCUGGCAAGCUUUUCAUUGGUGGCCUCAAUAGAGAAACCAAUGAGAAGAUGCUUAAAGCAGUGUUUGGGAAACAUGGUCCCAUAUCAGAAGUUCUUUUGAUAAAGGAUCAAACCAGCAAAUCCAGAGGCUUUGCCUUUAUUACUUUUGAGAACCCUGCAGAUGCUAAGAAUGCUGCCAAAGAUAUGAAUGGAAAGUCUUUGGAUGGAAAAGCAAUAAAAGUAGAACAAGCCAAGAAACCAUCUUUUCAAAGUGGUGGUAGGCGGAGACCACCAGCUUCUUCGAGAAACAGAAGCCCUUCAGGAAGUCUGAGAUCUGCAAGAGGAAGCAGUGGAGGAAAAAGAGGGUGGCUUCCCUCACAUGAAGGACACCUGGAUGAUGGUGGAUACACUCCUGAUCUCAAGAUGAGUUAUUCUAGGGGACUCAUUCCAGUUAAAAGGGGUCCAUCUUCAAGAAGUGGAGGUCCUCCUCCGAAAAAAUCUGCUCCUUCUGCUGUGGCAAGUAGCAAUAGUGGGAUGGGAAGCCAAGGUCCCAUGUCACAAAGAAGAGAGAAUUAUGGAGUUCCUCCACGCAGAGCGACAGUAUCUUCCUGGAGAAAUGAUCAUAUGUCACCAAGAGAUGAUGGUUAUGCAACUAACGAUGGAAAUCAUCCAAGUUGCCAAGAAACGAGGGAUUAUGCUCCACCAUCUAGAGGCCAUGCAUACCGUGAUUAUGGUCAUUCUCGACAGUAUGAAAGUUAUUCUAGAGGAUAUAGAAAUCAUCCAAGUUCCCGAGAAACCAGGGAUUAUACUUCACCACCUAGAGACUAUGCAUACCGUGAUUAUGGUCAUUCUAGUUGGGAUGAACAUUCCUCUAGAGGAUAUAGUUAUCAUGAUGGCUACGGUGAGGCCCUUGGUAGAGAUCAUUCUGAACAUCUAAGUGGAAGUUCUUAUAGAGAUGCAUUUCCGAGAUACGGGACCUCUCAUGGUGCACCACCUGCACGAGGACCUCGGAUGUCUUAUGGUGGAAGCACCUGCCAUGCAUACAGUAAUACACGAGAUAGAUAUGGCAGAAGUUGGGAGAGUUACUCAAGGAGCUGUGGUGAUUUUCAUUAUUGUGAUCGUGAGCAUGUUUGCAGAAAAGACCAAAGGAAUCCGCCUUCUCUGGGUAGGGUGCUCCCUGAUCCUCGUGAAGCAUAUGGUAGCUCAAGUUAUGUGGCAUCUAUAGCAGAUGGUGGGGAGCGUCGAUCUGAAAAAGGAGACUCGAGCAGAUAUUAAAGCAAGCAUUCAAAAUAAUAGUUAUUGCAUACCAAACCUUGUUUGCAAAUCAAAAAUUGAAAUGUUAUUUCUGCAUCGUUACCUGCAUAUUACUAAAAGAAACAUGUUGGUUUUGUGGAGAGAGGUAGAUACUAACUUCCUCCAUGAAUUUUUUGAGGUAUUCAAAGGAAAAGGAAUUGUUUUCAAAGUAAUUUCAUACUUGUUGAUGCUAUUUGAAAAGUGUUUAGAUGUAAUAUCUGCCUUAAAAUUUUCACAAUAAAAUUUUACAUGUACUGCAA